AUGGAAGAAAAUGAAGAUGCUCAAUAUUGUUUUCAAGAUGGAAACUCUUCUUGUGUUAAAUAUUCUUUGUCAAAAUAUUUUUACAUAACACUGUACAUCUUCUUCUCACUCAUUUCAGCGGUUACAGUAUUUUUGAACCUACUGGUGAUCAUCUCGAUCUCUCACUUCAAGCAGCUCCACACUCCAACCAACCUGCUCAUCCUCUCUCUGGCUGUGUCAGAUCUCCUGGUGGGACUCAUUGUGAUACCAGCAAUGACUGUAGCAAUACUGGAGUCAUGCUGGGUAUUUGGGGAAUAUUUCUGUCCGUUGCUUCUCUACAUCAAUUUUUUAUGUACGUCUUUAUCUCUUGGAAAUUUAGUCUUAAUAUCUAUUGACCGUUAUGUUGCUGUGUGUGAUCCUUUAAUGUACCAUCUGAAAAUAACAGCAAAAAAAAUGGUGUGUUGUAUUUCCAUUUUCUGGUGUUUUUGUAUCGUAUAUGAUGCUGUUGUUAUAAAAAUAACUGUAAAUGUACAGGUACCCAGUAGAUGUUUUGAAGAAUGUUUUUUUGUAAAAGGAAAUAUCUGGAUUGAUAUAUUUGCUCUUUUCAUUUCAUUGAUUGUUCCAUGUUCCAUAAUUAUUACACUUUAUUUGAAGAUAUUUGUGGUGGCCAGAUCACAGGCCAGACAGGUCAAUUCAAAUAAGGCUGUCACUGUACCUGGUGUCAAAACUGCACAGGCGAAUAAGUCAGAGAGAAAAGCAGCUAAAACGCUAAGUAUUGUGGUUUUUAAUUAUUUUAUUUGUUGGAUUCCAAUUUACUUUGUCAAAUAUAUUUAUUUUGCAAGUGGCAAUUCAUUAUCAACUUUCAUAUGCUUUCUGCCACUUAUUAAUUCCUUUAUUAAUCCAAUCAUUUAUGCUUUCUUCUAUCCAUGGUUCAAAGUUACAGCUAAACAUAUUUUAACUAUGAAGUUGAGGCAUUUGUAG